AUGGUCCUCGGGUAUGCGUUGGCCGUCGGAACAAAGAAUCCGCACGCUCGAUACGCAGCUUGUUUCUUGUCAAUUACUGGAGGAAGUAAUGCUGGACCUAUGGUACUCGCUUGGGGUACUGGAAAUGCGGCACCUGAUACCGUCAAGGCAGUUACAACUGCUAUCAUUCCCGGGAUCGGGGCGCUGGGUUCCGUGAUUGCUGUUUGGACGUACCUUCCAAUGGAUGCCCCUGACUAUCAUAAGGGUAAUUCUUUGAAUUUGGCCACAAGCAGUUUCUCUUGCGUACUGGUGAUCAUUGGAGUUUUAUACAUUCAACUCGAAAACGCAAAGAGGGCACGCGGCGAAAGGAACUAUCGCUUGGAGGGUAGAACACAUAAGGAACUUGAAGAGCUUGGGUAUCUCCACCCACAGUUCAAGUAUCAAGCAUGA